AUGAACCAUAGCUUGUUGUUACUGCUGGUCCUUUUUUCUUUUUCAGCGAUAAACGCCGUCGUAUACUUGUCGAACCUUAACGCCACGUGUUUCAGGUGCAUCUGCGAGGCCUCGACCGGUUGCAGUGCAGAAACGGCUUGCAGACAGUCCUACUGCGGACCGUUCUCGAUUUCACGUGCCUACUGGAUGGACGCGGGCCAGUUGGUCCUUCCGGCGGACGAUCCAGUUCGUUGGGGUGCGUUUGAGGAUUGCGCAAAUGAUUACGCGUGUGCGACCGGAAUCGUUAGCCAGUACAUGGAGAAGUACGGAACCGACUGCAAUGGUGAUGGGUUGGUGGAUUGUGUCGAUUAUACGAUGCUGCACGUGAACGGAGGACCACGGUGUCACGGUGGGCUGACUGGCACCUUCGCCACCCGGUUCUACCGGUGCUUACGAAAGCAAUUUUGAUCGGAAAUGGCGACGUUUCGGAUGUGCUUGCAAAAUGAUUCUAUUUAAAGAAAGACGCGUACUACUGAACCCGUAGUAUUCAUUUCGUAGGCUUUGCCACAUGUGGUAUGCAAAAAAAAGCGCAUCAAGAACGACUCGUUCUUGCAAGCAUACGCAGUAUGGUGCGCAAAAGAAAAAACAAAAAAGAAACACUUUAGCAAUAAUAAACAUAACAAAACAACAAACCUAAUGAGAUAAGUUCACGCAGAGUAGAGCGCGAUGGAAUAAGUUGUAAGUAACGAGCAAGCGAAGCUGCAAAACAACGCCUUCAUCGUUGCAUCCUACCGGAAGUUCACAUCUCGCCGUAAAUGUAACCGAGGGCCUCCGACGCGCUAACCUUGACCGACGUGCAUUCGUCCUUUAGCAGCAGCGACAUUUUGUGCCCAAUCUGCUCCAUGUGCUGGCAUUUAACGUUCGUGUUCUGACAGUGUAGUAAUCCUGGGAUGAAAAAAAAGGAACCGUUUGAAAAAUAC